UUUCAUAAUUUUUUUUCGCGCAUGUGGAUGUCUUUUGCGAUUGAUUUCAUGAUAAAUGCAAAAAAUAUUACUGAAAUAUUCGAAUCACAGCUAUCUUAAGUUAGAAAUAUCAAUUUUUAAAUUUUCCCAUAGUCGAUUUUUUUUCUAGAACCUUGCAAAAGGCUCUGUGAACUGUCAAAAUAAGUGAGGUUAAGUGAGAGCUUGCAUUGGUCCUUACGAAAAUAGUGUAUAAACAAUAGUUCGUUUAAAAUUGUUGCAAUGCAACUGUUGUGUAGUGCUUUUAAUUGAAUUAAUAUUGCGUAGGAAAAUUGCUACUAAAUAUUCGAAAUAGUUGCUUAUUUUUUGUGUAGAAAUGGAUGAAGACGUUGAGUUUCGCGAUAUGGUGCUAAAAAAGUUAGAAGAAAAAGGCUCCCUACUCGAAAUAAAGGCCAAACUACGCGCGUAUCUGUACGAUGUCAUCGAAAAUGACGGCAAAGUGCCCGAAGUGAUUAAUGAUACCGAUCUCACCUACAAUAAUAGCGUGGACAAAUCGGAGCUCGAAGACGGGGAGGAAUCAGCGGAACCGGAACAAGUGGACGAUCGAUCGCUUGCAUUGGGCUUAGUGUUUGAUCUUUUGGACUGCCUUAAGUUACCGUACACGAAAAAGGUGCUGUCGGCGGAAACCGGAGUACAGAAGCCCUGUACUAGGGUGCGCUUGAAAAGGGAAUUCCUGAGGAAAUCAUUCGACGGAGUUUCCGGUUUAGAGGACGAAGCAAUUUUGCUGCAGCUAAUCGAACAAAAUAGGAAAGAAUCAACGUCCGGCGAAUCCACCGGUGAUGUAUCACAAGUAAGUAAAGAAGCAACAGAAAGUCACAUGACGGCACCGGAGGAAGAGGUGACGGACAAUUCCGUCGCAACCACAAUUUGAUCGGUUCGAAGAUCAAAUGGAAUCUCAGUUUAACAUACAUUCCCAGCAUUUUCUUAUUUGUAACUUACAUGUGCCUUUUGAACGUGUAUUUUAAAUGUAUUAUUUUAUUUUGCUUUACAAAA